AACUUUCGGGGAAGAGCGGAGGAGUAAAGAGGGAGGGGGUUAACCCAGAGGAGAGAACAGCAGCCGAACAGCAGCGAGCAUGACCGACGUCGAGGCGCAGAGCGCUCCACCUCCACCACCGCUGGAGCCCAAAGCCCAGCCCGAGAGGAAAGUCAUAGCCUCAGCAGUUCAAGGCACGGUGAAAUGGUUUAAUGUGCGUAACGGCUAUGGCUUCAUAAACAGRAAUGACACAAAGGAAGAUGUCUUUGUUCAUCAGACUGCCAUCAAGAAGAACAAUCCUAGGAAGUUUCUUCGCAGUGUUGGAGAUGGGGAAAUUGUAGAGUUUGACGUAAUAGAAGCAGCCAAGGGCUCGGAGGCCGCCAACGUGACCGGCCCCGAAGGCGCUCCGGUAAAAGGCAGCCGCUACGCUCCCAACAAACGGCGUUUCCGUCGACGGUUCUUCCCCCGCAGUCCUCUCCCUGGCGACCAGAGCAAACCAUCCGACGACCAGACAGUGGCUGCUCCCGAGGGGAACAGAACGGAAGAGAACGUGACGGGAAGGCCUCAGCAGCUGCGUCGUCGGAGGCCGCGGAGACCACGACCGGAAGUUCAAAACAGUGAAGUCGAGGAACUUAAGGAUGAGGUCGCAGACGGCGAUCAGGCACAGCAGCGACCUCCACGCCGCCGCUUCUGGCGUCCUUAUCGCAGACCGUACCGCCCUCGCCCACCUCCCGAUCAGUCGACGGAUGACCAGAAACCGCUGCCGCCGCCUCCAGUGGAGACCAAGGAGCAGGAUGAGGGGAAGCAGGCGGAGACCCCAGACAGCCCUCACACCAACGGAGAAACAACAGAUGGCCAAGGCCAGAAACAGCGGCGCCCUCCUAGACGACGCAGGCAGAGAGCCUCAGAGUCCUCCACUACAAAAAAUGAUACAGAGAAGUCAGCAUCAGAGCCUGGUACCCCACCUCAGACCUCAAAACCAACAGAGAUGAAGUCAACRUCCAAAUCUCCAAAGUCGUCUCCUAAAAUCUCUCCUAAAGUGCCAAAAUCACCAGAGCAGGCCGCUGCUCCAGCAGUCCAAGCACCAGCCGAGUAACGUCCAGGAUGAUGGUCACAUGACCCCAGGCAGGAAGUGGAGCCCCACUCCAGCGUGGAACAACCCAGGACGGAUUGGGGUCGGCUGUCUCUCCGAGGGGCCGUGUGACGGACAUUAAACGAGUUUAAGGUGGAAUGAUGGCAUUAAAGGGAUGGAAAAAGGAUUUUUAGAGUCUUUAAAGACAUUUCUUAUGUUUGUUUUUUUUUUUUUUUUGAUUAAGAGUUUUGUUUUUCUCAAACUGGAAACCAGGAUUUCAGACCAGUCUAACUGAUGCUUCAGAAAUUUAUUUUUUUCAAUCCCUGUGCCUCCUUUUGUUUUUUUGUAGGUCCUACGCUUUAGAGACCUGAACCUCUUUCMCAACACAGCACUGCUUUCCCCUCCUGCACUCUCCCAUCAUGGUCUCGCUGUCACCUCUGACCCCGUCUCACAUCACCCUGUGUAGACUCUGUAGAGCGGAGCAGGGUGAGGAGAUUCUUGAGUGUACAUUUAAAAAAAAGUUAGAAAUCUUUAAAAAGAGAAAAAAGUGGGAAAGAAACUAUCUGCUUGGUAGUAGUUCUUCAAACCCCUCCUAAAGGAAUAUUUUUCUUUAAUUGAUCAAACGGGGUUCAUCAAGUAGUUUAAAGGAAACCAGCCUUGAAUUUUUUUUAGCAUGUUUUAAUUUAAGGGGGAACCCAAGCAGGUGUACAUUUGGUGGUGCAUCAUGGGAGUCAGUUUAGUUCUGGUACCACCUAAGUCUAUCUGAAACGCUCUAAUCUCCAUCUCCCCAGCUUUGGGUGAAGUCAUGGAGGAACUUUAUUUCCUGAGUUUUAUUUGUGUUUUGUUUUUGUUCGGAGGGGAUUAUGUGCAAUGUCGAUACUUUAAAUGCUAAUUAAUAAAUGAUGUUUGCAAAUCUCA